AUGGAUGAUGCCAAUCCGGUUGGCACCCCGAUGGAAUGUGGCAGCAAGUUAAGCAAACAUGAAAAUGGAGAGAUAGUGAAUCCAACUCUUUACAAAAGUUUGGUUGGAAGUCUACGUUACUUGACAAGUACAAGGCCAGAUAUACUUUAUUUCAUAGGAGUCGUAAGUCGUUACAUGGAAGCUCUAACAACAACUCACUUCAAGGCGACAAAGAGAUUCCUUCGAUACAUCAAAGGUACAAUAAACUUUGGCUUGCACUAUUACUCUUCUAACAAUUAUGAGAUUGUUGGCUAUAGUGAUAGUGAUUGGAGUGAAGACUUGGAUGAUAAAAAGAGCACUACUGAUUUUGUGUUAUUUAUGGAAGAUACUAUUUUCACUUGGAUGUCAAAGAAGCAAUCUAUCGUCACACUGUUAACUUGUGAAGCCGACUGCAAGAAAUUAAACAAGAAAGUGCCGGUGGAGGAAGCUCCAAAAGAGGUGGUUCCUAGAAAACAGCAGCAGUAUGUACCUAAGGAAAACAUAUCACAGUCUCGGAAUGGCAGUUUGGAAGAAACACUGGACAUGUUGAGGUGGAUAUUGGCAAGAAAGGACAGAAUUUGUUCUAAACUCACCUUUACAGGAUGGUCACAUAAAGGAAGUGAAGUUCAAUGA